CUCUCUGCUUGCCUGUCUCCUCUUGAUAUCUCUUCUUGCACCCUUUGCUGUCGUCGCCGUCGUCAUCGUCGUGCUUCUCGACAAUGUUAUCGGCACUUCUGCACCCGCGGAUACGCCGCCAACGUUCAAAUUCCGCCUUCUCGUCGUCUGGCUUCAACUCUCCAAACGUGAACCGAAACGACUAUCAGUCCUUCGGAGAGGAAGAGGAAGAACAUUCGGCCGAAUAUGAAGACAGCGAGCCCGAGCAUUCGACAACUCUCUUACCCAUCUUCGCUGCCGAUCUUGAGUCAAUACCAGUCUACAACCUCGUGCACACCAUAAGGGACGACGUCCAGAGGACGCUGGAUACCUCGCUCACAUGGGACCAAUUGCGGUCGCCGCAGGUUUCGAGCUUCAUCGUCAAGCCGGUCUUGGGCCGCCUGCUGCAGAUAGAAGGAAGGCUCUCGAAGGGAAUCAUCUACAGUCUGAUGGCCAACUGCCUGCAGUUCAGGAAAGAGGCCGAAGAGAACCCUAGGAAUGCCGCGACUUCGAAGACCAGAGCUCUGCUGUGUGAGCUGCUGGCCAUCAAGUUCUUGAAGGAGUUCUCGGCGAGAGAAUUGAUCGACGCACUGAGCUAUGAUUUCUAUCCGUUGCAAGGAAUGGAACAGACUCUGUCCGCAGAUCAAAAAUCCGGGGCGGCGGCACAAAAGCGAUCACAAACCGCAACUGCAAGUCGUAUCUCGGCCUUGGAAAUCGCAAUACGCGCUCAGGCAAAGAAAUUCAUCGCCAAUCCGGUGGUCAUCCAGCACCUUGAAUCCAUCUGGGCUGGGAACAUCGUAUUCCAUUCGGCGUACGACCAGCUGCACCGUGAUGGAAGGCCCAUGGAGCGGAGAACCGCCACGAUUUAUGAUGGCAAACAUGCCAGCCUCUUCAAGCUUUCCAGACUGAGGAUCCCCCGAUAUCGACACAUCUUCUCGACUUUUUCUCUGGCCAUCUUGUUGAUUCUCCACCUCAAGGUCCUGAUUGAACGAUCUUAUACCAUCACUCCACUAGAAGUGUUGUUUUGGUUAUGGUCGUUCGGGUUCAUGAUAGAUGAAAUUGCAGACUUCAACGAGUCCGGGGUCACACUAUAUUUCCUGUCCAUGUGGAAUGCCUUCGACUUCAUCAUCUUCUUGCUGUUCAUGACUUUCUACGCACUGAGGAUCGUCGGGCUUUUCAUGCCGGACGAACGGGACUAUAUCACCGACUGGAGCUUUGAUAUUCUUGCUUCGUGCUCGAUCUUCUUGUUCCCACGAAUCUUUUCUAUUCUGGACCAUUACCGCUACUUCAGCCAACUGAUCAUUGCGUUCCGUAUUAUGGCGGCCGAUAUGAUUGCUCUAUUGGUAUUGAUAGUCAUCAGCUGCUCAGGUUUCUUCGUGGCCUUCACGUUCAGCUUUGCCAGGGAAUAUUCGUCGGCACAGGAUGUGUCGUACGCUCUAUUCCAGAUGGUGAUGGGAUUCACACCUGCUGCAUGGGAAACUUGGGACAACUACAAUGCGUUGGGCAAAUUCCUUCUGGUGGCGUUUCUGAUCAUCUGUCAUUUUUUGAUCGUCACCAUCCUCAUCACUGUUCUCACCAACAGUUUUGCGCAAGUGGCUGCCAACAGCGUCGAAGAACACCAGUUCCUUGUGGCCGUGAAUACCAUCACGCUGGUCAAAAACGAGGCCAUAUUCACCUACCUUGCACCCACAAACAUCAUUGCCUGGCUUCUUCACCCACUCCGCUAUGCCAUGCCAUUCCGCCGCUUCGUUCGGAUGAACAGGACCGUAGUCAAAGCAACACACCUACCUCUAUUGGCCGCCAUCUACUUCUAUGAGCGCACAAUGCUGCGGAAUUCCACCUUUGUACCUUCGGACGCAAUCUCAGGGAGGAACACGGGCUCCAAGCACACCAUGACCGCCUUCAAACCGCGCGAUGAAACUACCAGUCUUCUGAACCCUGCGGUGAAGCGGUUGCGCCGUAAGCAGUCGGUAGCCUCCAGUACCCAGCAGGAGCGUAUUCUCGAGCAGGUGUUUGCGCGGCCAUUCCGAGGGACUACGCUGCAAGGCGAACAAAGCGACGUUGACGGACAGGGCGACAAUGUGGAUUCCUGGAUGAACACGGUUCUUGCAGCUUCCCCGCCAACAGAAGCCGAGGGCUUCAGUCGAGCGAACAUGUUGAAAAGGGGACUCCGACGAGGAAGGGGAGGUCCCCAACGAUUCAACAGCAUCCGUGACUAUGGCGCCAUGGUCCAGCGCACCCAUCUUCCUCCUCGGGAUUUCUCCAUGUCUCGGCCAAAGUCAGAUCCCGAUAUUUCCAAGGGAACCUACAAGGAAACGCUCGACGUCCGCACCGAAGACGAUGACGCCGAUAAUGAAGCCAACUCCGUGGACGGCGACGCCGACGGCAACGAAACAAACGAGGAAUCUACGCACGAUCGCGACCAAGAUCACGACGAGAAGUUCGACCUCUACUCCUCCGAACUUUACAGUAUCGACAUGCCCUCCAGUCCCCAAGUUUUGGCCCCAGGGCCAGCGGAACACAUCGCCUUCCUCGCGCCGCCCCGCAAGCUCCGGCCGAAUCGCCAUCACGAGCGCACGGGAUCCAACAACACUAUCCUCUUCAGCCCGACCCCGCUCCUCCGCCGCCGCGACAGCGCCUCCUCCUCGUCCCCCUCAGACACGGAAUCAUCCUCGGCAGUGGCACAAAAGCGGAAGGCCAGCCCAUCGGGCCGGAAAUCGCCACCGAAGCUUGCGGUAUCGCGCCCGCGCCCGAUCCCGAGUUCUUCUAGACGCGAUAUCCACUCUACGCCUACGCUCACGAACAUCGACGCCGAUGAGUCGCUGCGCAUGGUCCCGUCUAGCUUUGCAACGCAGAUGGCGAUGGCUACAGGCGCAGACGCAAUGCUGAGCAAGCUCGUCCUCGCGAAGAUGGCCGCGCUCGAGGAGACCAUGAAGGAUCUGCUCAAAGAGGGGAGGAAGGCGAGGAAAGCGGGCAGGAGGGACGAUUAGAUUUUUUUUUCUUUCUUUUUUUUGCUAUUGUAAUAUGUAUCUUGGAGUUAGGGGG